AUGCAGCUCGAAAAUGGAAGGGCUGGACCAUACUCGUGGUGGUUCAACUUGACCACUGCCGACGACACCCUUGGGUCUCAGCCCUAUGUCAUCACGGCGCGUCCUGUUAACGAUGCGUUCUUUCUUGGCACCACUUCUUCAACCUCCAAAUGGCCAAGUCACACUCUGAGACGCGAUAACGAAUUCAUCGGAUGUCGCACACAUGAUCCUUGUCGUGAUGGCGGAGGUCAGUGUCUUAACAAUGGCCUACGUGCGGCCAACUUCGCCGUCGAUAAAUACGAUGAAUUGAGAAAGCAGAGCUGCGAUGAUACCAGAGGUUCGAAAGUCUGGUGGACCUGCGCAGGCACCGAUCCGCCCUUCAUGGGAUGUUGCGAUAUCAGCCCUUGUAGUGACGGUUGCCCAAGCGAGAGCCUCCUACCAGCUGUUCUGUCGAAAAACAAAGAAGAUCGACAAGCGUUUCUGGACCCUGUGAGCUUUUUUUCCAGUCAAUCCGCGAGUCCAGCAACCGGUGGCAGUAGUGCUGGUUUAAGCACUGGAGCAAUAGUUGGGAUCGCUAUCGGGUUUGCUGCUGUGGGAAUAAUGCUCAUAGCCUUCUUGACCUGCAUGAUCUGGAGGUGUCGACGAAAACGAAGAGGACCUGUUGAGAUAGUCCGAUCUGGAGAAUUGCAGAGAGCUUCCGAGACAGGUCGGUCGCCCAUGACCUACGACAGUCAUUAUUUCCCUUCCACAAGCACCGUAACCCCUUACUAUCUUAGCGGCUUGUCUGUGGAUCACAAUAAGCACUCUCCGCCGCUACCAAUAUCUUCCCAAACAUUUAAGUCUUACAACAUGAACUAUACCUUUGAUCGGGGCUAUGAACAGUCCUACUCACCUGUUCAUAUAAUGACGUUGCAUGAAAUGGAUGGGGUAGAACGUACUCCCCAAGACCGUGACACGAAUCCUUUGGAGGAGUACCAUGAGGGGCAAGAACAGAGCCCUGUCCUGGGUCAUAUACCACCUCGGAUACAUAAUCUACCAGAGACCAGAUUUUAA